AUGAGGGUCAUUAUCGUAGGCGCUGGUAUAGGUGGUCUGACAUGUGCUAUUGCCUGCCGACGCGAAAAGCUGGACGUGAUUGUCGGGGCAGGUAUACAAAUACCCCCCAAUGGCGUGCGGGUUUUGCAGGAGCUUGACCUGAAGGAAGAGGUCGUGCAGAAAGGAGCAAUAGUCGAAUCGAUGGAUCUUCGACGGUACAAGAAUGGCGAACUUAUAACGUCCAUGGAAUGUGAUGAGACGGUCGCUCGAGCGUAUGGAGCUCCAUGGAUUAUCAUUCACCGAGCGGACUAUCAACAGAUUCUGUUUGAUAGGGCUAUGCUGAUGGGUGUAGAGGUACGCUUCGGGGCUACAGUUGAGGACUUGGAUUUCCAGGAUACGCAGGCCAUUCUCGAGGGUGGGGAGGCAGUAGCAGGUGAUAUUAUCAUCGGUGCUGAUGGGUUAUGGUCAAAAGUCCGAGACACAAUCUUCGAUCGACAUUGUCCGCCAAUCGAGACUGGCGAUAUGGCCUACCGUGCGGUGUUUCCAAGGAAGCAACUUGAGGCCCUCUGCGACCCGGAGAUAGACAGCCUUUGUAGCAAAACUUCUGUCACAGCCUGGCUGGGACCAGAGAAACAUGCCGUAUUCUACCCGGUACGAGGGGGCGCAGAAUUUAACCUAGUUUUGCUACUACCAGACAAUUUACCUGCUGGGGCACGUACCAUUCAGGGUGAUUUGGAGGAAAUGAAAUCGGGCUUUCGGGACUGGGACGCGACUCUUCAGAGGUUAAUCUCUUGUAUAUCAUCCGUGGUGAGGUGGAAGCUAUGCCACCUGCCCGAAUUAUAUACUUGGAGCAAGGGGUCGGUCACACUACUCGGAGACGCUUGUCACCCAACGCUCCCGUAUCAGGCCCAGGGUGCUGCAAUGGCUUCGGAGGAUGGCGCUGUACUGGGCUUGCUAUUGGGCUCGAUUGUAAAGCACCUAGAGAACCAACCGGACUCUUCGGACAUAACACUCAGGGACAUGGUGUUCGAAUCGCUCACAGUCUACGAGGACUUGCGCAAACCCCGCACUACAGCCAACGUCAAUGGAGCACUCAGAAACCGAGGCGCUUUCCACAUGCCAGAUGGCAUCCUGCAAUGGAUGCGCGAUCUCGUUUUGGGUUAUUCCGGUAUGACACAUGAGACUGACUCUAUCGGACUUAUGUCAAGGCGACAAUCGAACACUCUGGCAUACGAUGCUAUAGAAGAGUGUAAGAUACGGAUAAAAGAAGCGUAA